AGUAGUGCUUUUUCCACCGCGUUGUGCAGAGCGCGUAGUAGCGCAUGCUGAAAGCCGCCCCGCUAUCGAUCCGUCCACGUCCACGGAGCUUUCUCUCACUUCCCUUCACAAGCCUCGCGAACGUCGCUACCGAGCUACCGUUCCGGCAUACGUAUCGGGGGCGCGAUUUUAUAUAUAUUUCCGCGUAACAACGUAGUACUUUCUUGUUCUUCCGUCUAGUUUGCUUCGUUGCAUCGGGAAGUGCACCAGGAAGUGGGAUCAGCAGCGACAGCGUUAUGGCACGUCGAGGCGAGCACUGCAGGGCGAUUUUCCUACUGUGGUGUGCCGCGGGCAUAGCGUUUAGUGUUCCCGUUCCUUCGCCGAAGCCGCGACAAGUGGACGAGCAACGUUACACCACACGUAGAACGCCGAAAGUUGUCGUGGAUUACCCUACUCCGAAGACGAGACUGCCCCCCUUGCCGAUAGUCAAUUCAGAACUCAAAACGACCACGAUCGUGCCCUCAACCACGUCGACCACGCACAAACCAAUCUCCACGGAGCAACCCUUGUAUCGACUGAACGGAAGCAAUGGACAAGCUUGCAUUCUUCUUCAAGUAGACGCGCUUAUCACCGUCAAGUACCGCACGAAACUCGGCGAGGAUCAAGAGGCAGAUAUCUAUGUACCUGAUGAUGCGACCGUGACCGGAAAUUGCGAUAGCGAAAACACGGUGACAAUGUCAUUGAAAUGGAAAGCCUUUGUACUAUCUUGGAGUUUCGCUAAGACGCCCGGUGGUGAACGCUGGUAUGUCGAAAAAAUCGAACUGACCUAUAACUCUAGUGACAAACAUUUCGAACACAUUGCUCAGCCAAAUAAAACUAUUCGAUUAAGUUCCGGCCAGAAACAUAACAUGAUGUUUCCCACACCGGUAGGAAAAUCAUACUCUUGUGCUGAAGAAACCGAAGUUCCGCUCACCGACGGCAAAAAUGUUGCCAGCGUACUUUUGAGAGAUAUGAAGCUGCAACCGUUCAAGUUCAAAAACAACGAGUUUGCUGCCGAGUUUUCGUGCACCUCGCUGAGCGCGCGAGCCAGCAGGGACGAGACUGCACCAGUCGCGGUCGGCUCCACGUUGGCCGCCGCGGUCCUCCUCACGAUCACCGGCUACGCGGCCUACCGAUACUUCAAGGUGAAGAAAGUUAAGUACGAUACGAUGGAGUAAAGAAUACCCGGGGAUCCCACUGUCACGUCGAUGCCAAAGAAGCACGUAUCGCCAAAAAUCGUCGCCGUUCGCGAGCGAGCGACACGUAGUUUUUUCCCCGACACUUUACGCUAAUCGUUCCUGAAAAGGAAAAAAAAAAUGUCUGUUUUUCUCCGAAAUUUUAUUUUUUGGACAUUUCUUUUUUUAUUAGACAUGAACAUAGCUUAGAUAUCGACACAUAUCUUGUAAUUAUCACGGAAACGGAUCCGCAAUUAUCUUCGAAGAUACCUAAUGAGUCGAUUAACAAUUAAAUUCAAGUCCGGCUUAGAGCGGGCUCCGUAAGACAAGAUAUCGCGCAUAGAGAUCUUUUAGAUAGACAUAUCAGAAUACAUAUUCAGGAUCCCUUGUUAUAAACACACAUUAAAAGUUAUUUUUAAAUUCUUUCUGAUUGCUUUAAAAAAUACGAAUACUUGCGAUAUGUCGUAGCAGUCAACAUUGAUUUUCAUUAAUCAGUAUUAUAAUUUAUUCAUCUUACAAAUGUUAAAUAAUAAUUAUACUUAAAAGUUAUUAUAAAAGAAAUCUUUGGUUUACUCGUGGUUCAUUUCUCUUUAGAAUUAUAAAAAGAAUCUUGAUAUUUAAAGCGACUAUAUGACGUUUCCCAAUUUUAUAAUUGAAACAGUCAAUCGCCUGUUAACGCAUGAAUCAUGAAUAAUUAAAUUUAAAAGUUAUUGUAAAAGAAAUCUUUGUUUUAUUCAUGGUUUACUUCUCUUUAAAUUUAUUUAAAAAAGCUUGAUAUUUAAAGCGACUGUAUGACAUUUACCAAUUUUAUAAUUGAAACGGUCAAUCGCGUAUUAACGCAUGAAUAAUACACACACGCCACAUACAUGCACACGGAAUUAGAUAUCGAUUCAUGCAGUAAGUACAUAUUAUAAAACUGUCGACAAAUGAUCGAGUAGUCGAGUAAUGGAGUUUCAUUGUUAGUAUAUGCGCGACAAAUUUGUCAAUCGCAUCGAAUGUCAUUCUUUUCGCUUGAGAUUCAAAAAAGAAAAUGACAUUCGCAAUCGCAAACUCGGAUGGUUGUAUCAAUAGGCUUUUCAAUUCGUAGAUUCUGCUCUACGCAUCGUCAUAUUUGUAUGAGCACUGGAGAUAAGCUUGUAAUACUUUAAAUUAAUAUUUCGUUGGUCGCGUUAUACAUUUUAUCAUUACAACAGUUUCGUUGUUUACAAAUUGUUUGAAAUUUCGCAUAAUUUUCUAGAAUACACGAGAAAGCAUAUAUUAUUUUAUUUCUGUCCCGCGAUAUACUUGCAGCAUACGAUUAAGAUAAUUAAAUUGUUUCUCUCGGCGUAAUCUCUUACAAUAUAAUGUAUCUUUAUCCUUCGCGAACAUUAUUAUAGGUAUAUAGCAGUAACGACUAUAUACAUAUAGUAAUAAUAAAUAUAGUACAUAUGAUAACUUUGUUAAUUCAUAUACGAAGAAAAUGAAAUGAGUCUCCGACAUCACGGAGACGUGAGAAGGUCCUCCUCGGCAGCUAACGACGUUAGAUAGACGGGUGUACCUAGAUUACGAUGAAGGUGUAUUAAAAAUGUUAAUACAUUUUGAUGUGACGCCUUAAUUAUCUUGUACAUAGCAAUCCAUAAUUUACAGAUUCUCUCCCAUUUUUUACACCAGUUGUACUCUAAUUAUGCUUUGCUCUCUACAAUGUAGUCUUGUAAGUUACCAGUCUGUGAGUUUAAGUCUAAGAUAUUUAGCUGUAAAUAAUACAAAUUAAUUAGUCACCCUCUUCGUUGCUGUUUACGUUUUAAGUGGAGGUGAAUUGUGAUCCGAACUAGUUUGCAAUUUGAUCUUGAACAUUACUCGCUUGACAUAAUACAAGUUAAGAAAUUGCGUAUGUACAUGUGUACGUAUAUAUACGUGUAUACGUAUACAUGCACCCAUUGUAUAUGUAUGUUUAUCAAAUCUUCUUCGAAAUAUUUAUAUGAAUAUAUCAAUUUAAGAAACGUAAUAAUAUAAACUUUGUAAUAAGAGUGGUGUUAUACGAAGACGCUAUGAAAAAAUGUUUUUAUUUGACUUACAAUUUUAUCGAUGCGUGCGCGCAAUUUGUGCACAAACGCAAAUACAAAUGUGCGAUUGCUGAAGCCACGGUUAUGUGUUGUACCAGUGAAACUUCUUACGUUACACAAACACAAACAAAUGUUUUUUUUUUAUUUUUUUAUUUAUUCUUGCUCAUAUUUUCUCGCAGGAUUUUUUCGAUUCCUGUACCUUCUGCAUUUUAUAUCGAAUGCUUUCCAAGUAUCUUAAUUUUAUCUAUAACUGUAAAUAAAUUAUUUCGAUGAUAUUAUGGCGUAUAAAAUUCAAAGUUAUUUAACUAGAUAAAUUCGCUGUGUGUUUAUUCAAAAUUUAGUGUUGCGUAGUUACGGCAUUGUGAUGUUUAAUCAUUUAUAUGAGAUAUACAUGGCGGACGCAAUGAUUAUGAUGAUAAAGACAAUUCAUUUAUACAUUGAAAAUAGCUGAUCGCUGGCGACGGCGCGCGAUAAAUAAUAUAAUUAUUAGCGAGUUAGCGUACCUAAGUGUAAGGCGUAUACGUCCGCGCGUGCAUGCAUUAAAAAUUAUACAAAUUUACGCGCGUACAUAUAUGUCGCAUAUAUGUAUGUAUGCAUAUAUGAAGAGAAACCUACAUUAUUGAUAUACGCAUAUAAUAUAUAAACCUCUGUCUUCCAAAUGCAUAUUAAAGUUACUUCGUAUGUAAAUAUAUUACGGAUAUCGUAUUUCCAAGAUUUGUCAAUCGUCGAUUCGUGAAUGUGGCCAGUAGCGUUGUGCGAGCAUCGUGACGAUUCACAUAUCAGAAAAAAAGAUGAAACAUCGAGAGACGGUUUUAGUUUAAAAAAAAGAGUACUCUAAUUUUUUCUUCAACAUUUUGCAAUAAACGCAAUAAAUAUAAAUUUCUUGCUUUAAGAGAAACGUGUAUUACUAUAAAUGUAAACUGGAUAAAUUCGCUUUUGAUGCAAACACCAUUGUUUAUGUUGUAUGAAGAACACACUGUAUAAUUCAGUUUAUUACAUGUUUUGCUAUCUCGUUACAUAAUGUAAUUUAAAAAAAAUUUUUUUUCUCUGGUUUGAACCAAAAACUAAAAAUGAAUCAUGAAUGCUCGCGAUAUCGUGAUACUAACACGUGGAAGGUCUAGCUGUAAUUAUAAAAAAUGUAUUUUUGUGCUAAAGUCAAUCUUAUAUCAUAGAUAUUAAUGAAUAACAGCGAUUAAGAAAAUUAACGGCGCGAUUUAGCGGUUUACGUCUUGCAGCACGAUAAAUUGACGGUACGAUAAAUGAACGGAACAUUCGGUGGUUCGCUUAACGAUUUUGCGCAGUUUUUUUUUUGUAAAACAAAGAGAAACCAGGACAAUGCGCAGCGAUUUAAACUGCUGAAUCGCAACGUUUUUACGAUGAAAUGACGUCAAAUUACGAAUCAUAUCGCUUGACCUAUAGCCGCAGCGUUAAGUCUUGUAACAAUUAUUAUAUAUGCAUUAUGUCGCGAGAAACAGGGAGGUGGAUUCCGAUUUCACGUAUCAUAGUGUAUCAUACGUCUAUUAAAAUUGUAUCAUAUCGAUAAAAUAAAGGCUGUUAUACAAGUUCA